CAUUUACCACGCAGCAAACAUUGUGAAUGACAAACCGAAAGGAGUGUAAAAAGAAUUAUUAAAAUUUGCAAUUUGUGUGAAAAGCAUCGAAUUGGCUGCCGCAACAAAACGACCGGUACUCGUACCAAAACGUUAAACCCAUUAAAUCAUAUAGCAAAAUAGUGAAAAUAUGAAUGUUCCUCCUAGCGCUGGCAAUGGCAAUGCAGCUCUGCAGCAGCCGAUGCCGCCAGCAGCAGCCGCCGCUGCCGCCGCCGCAGCAGCAGCUGCAGCGAUGGGUGGCAUGGGAUACACGCACCCCCACACGCACACGCAUACGCCGGGCAUGGUGCCAGUGCCACCAUUUAAUUUGCCUCCACCAGGCUUUGGAGCACCGCCACCGCCUGAACUGGCUGCCGCUUUUGGUGCCCUUGCUUCGAAUACGGAAUGGACGGAACACAAAGCGCCGGAUGGACGCCCGUAUUACUAUAAUCAAAAUACAAAGCAAAGUUCGUGGGAGAAACCGGAGGCUCUGAUGACACCCGCCGAGUUGCUGCACAAUCAAUGUCCAUGGAAGGAAUAUCGGUCAGAUGCCAACAAAGUUUACUAUCAUAAUGUGAGCACUAAAGAGACGUGCUGGGAGCCACCGCCAGAAUAUUUGGAUAUGAAGGCCAAAGCUAAGGCGGAAGAAGCAGCUGCUGCGGCUAAAGCUGUGGCUGCAAUGACCUCGUCCAGUUUAGCUGGCAUGGUACCACAUGUGGCAUUGGCCAAUAUGUUGCCUGCAGCAUUGCCCACAGUACCGCGAAUACCUACACCGGAAAUUCACUCACCUCUGACGCCGAGCAGUAAUGAAAAUAGUUCUUCAGCCAUGGAUCAGGCAAUGGCUGCCACGCUAGCAUCCAUCGAGGUGCCUCAGCAGAAUAAUAAGAAAGAUGACAAAAAUGGCAGCGAAAACAAUGCUCUCGUCUUUAAAGAUAAACGCGAGGCAAUUGAGGCCUUCAAGGAGCUGCUGCGCGAUCGUAAUGUGCCCUCCACUGCUAACUGGGAUCAGUGUGUGAAAAUCAUAUCAAAGGAUCCUCGAUACAAUGCUUUUAAAACUCUUAAUGAACGCAAACAGACCUUCAAUGCGUACAAAACACAAAAAAUUAAAGAUGAACGGGAGGAAUCUCGCUUGCGUGCUAAAAAAGCGAAAGAGGAUUUGGAACAGUUUCUUAUGUCGAGCGACAAGAUGAAUUCGCAAAUGAAAUACUUCCGCUGCGAAGAAGUCUUUGCCAACAAUCGAACGUGGACAGCAGUGCCCGAACAGGAUCGUCGCGAUAUUUAUGAGGAUUGUAUCUUUAAUUUGGCUAAGAGGGAAAAAGAGGAAGCACGGCUCCUAAAGAAGAGGAAUAUGAAGGUACUUGGCGAACUGCUGGAAUCAAUGACCUCCAUUACGUACGCCAGCACGUGGUCGGAAGCGCAGGUUAUGCUUCUUGAUAAUGCAGCGUUUAAAAACGAUGUCACACUGCUUGGUAUGGACAAAGAGGAUGCGCUCAUAGUAUUCGAGGAGCAUAUACGUACACAAGAAAAAGAGGAGGAAGAGGAUCGGGAAAGGGAAAAGAAACGGUUAAAACGACAACAGCGCAAAAAUCGAGAUGCGUUUCUCGCAUUGCUGGAUGCUCUUCAUGAAGAGGGCAAACUCACCUCAAUGUCGCUGUGGGUCGAACUAUAUCCAAUUAUAUCGGCCGAUAUACGCUUCUCUGCUAUGUUGGGUCAGAGUGGAUCCACACCUUUAGAUCUUUUUAAGUUCUAUGUAGAGAAUUUGAAGGCUCGCUUCCACGACGAAAAGAAGAUCAUCCGUGAAAUACUCAAAGAGAAACAAUUUGUUGUACAAGCGAAAACAUCCUUUGAAGAUUUUGCCACAGUUGUAUGCGAAGACAAACGUUCCGCCAGCCUGGAUGCGGGCAAUGUGAAGCUCACCUAUAAUUCGCUGCUAGAAAAAGCCGAGGCCAUUGAAAAGGAACGCAUGAAAGAGGAGGUGAGACGUUUGCGUAAAUUAGAAAAUGAAAUAAAAAACGAAUGGUUGGAGGCGAAUGUCUCGGUCGGCGAGCCUUACGACAGUGCCAAAAAGCUAGUCGAGCAUUUAGAAGCGUUUGCCUUAUAUGAAAAAGAAAUUGGUGUUGAAAAGAUUUGGGAGGACUUUAUCAAAGAGAGCGAAGAUGCCUGUAGUCAUCAUCAUUCACGUUCACGUAAAUCCAAAAAGAACAAAAAGCAUAAAAAACGUGUGAGGUCUACAUCUAGAUCUGAUAUUGAAAAUGAAUUGGUUGAACUAGAGAAAUCUAAGAAACGACGCUCCAAAACACGCUCAAAUUCGCUGAGUUCAAUUGGCAGCAUUGAGAGUGAAAAGCUGUUAAAAAAGAAGAAAAAGCGCAAGAACAAAUCAAGAGCUUCUUCUUGCGAAUCGGAGUUGAUCAAUCAAUCGCCUCUCAAUGCUGCUGCACUGCAGCAAAAUGAUUCAAAUUCCCACUCACCCGCUAAAAAGAAGAAAAAAGAAAAACGCACCAAAAGGGACAAAGAAAGCAAACAACAACGACAUCAAAAUAAUCGUUCAACAACGCCGCUUAGUCCUGCAGCUCAAUCCGAUUCGGCAGCAUCUAGAAACGAGGAACUUACGCUGAGCGAUGGCGAACUAGAAUCCAAGCGUGCAGCGCUGCUGGCACAGCUCAAUGAGCAUUUGGACGAAUGACCAAGAUAUUAUAGAUAAACGGACCACAACAACAGCAGUAAGCACAGUUAGCUAUGGCCAUAAAUAAAUACACAAGGAGUGUGUGCCUAGUUGUAUAAGUUGUAUAAAACAUACGUUCAUUUAGCUACAGCUACAUCUAUAGUUUGUACACGCUAUAACGUAUUUCUACUAUUGCACAGCUCCUCACGUGCUUUGCUCUGGAACACUUUUUGGCUACAAAUCGCAAACACAACAGGCAACAAAAAAUGUAAGUUUUUUCAUCAGCGCUAAGUUUCAUUGUAAAGAAAUUUUAAUAAUAUAAUAAUUUUAUAAGACAUCAAACAAAAGAAAUAAUAUUAUUGGCACCUUGUGUG